AUCUCAUUCGAAUCCAAUUGUAUUAAUGACUCAGUCGAAUUGGUGUAGCGUCGAUGCAGUGUAACUAGUUUACUAUCAGAAUUUUAAUUAUUUUUAAUUUAGUUUAUAUAUUUGUAUUAUUGAAUUGGCUGUGCCAAAUUGUAAUUAUAUGGAAGAAAAUGAACCCAAAAAUGUAUGUCAUUUGUUCAAUUUGUGUUGACUGUUUCAAACCAAAAGACGAUGUCGUUGUACUAAAAGCAUGCGGUCACAUGUUUCACAAGCAAUGCUUGAAUAUAAAUUGUCCAAAUUGCCCAAAAUGCCAUAUAAAUGUGACUGAAAAUGAUCGUAUCAAAGUUUUUCUUGACUUCGAAAAGCAACACGAAGACUUCCACCAAACCUUGGUAUUCAACGAGACUAAUAUUUCAACAAUCACAUCAAAUGGACAUGAACAAUCAUCAAACCUACUCAACGAAACAAAUAUUUCCCUGAUCACAUCAAAUAGACAAGGACAAUCAUCAAAACUUAUCACCCAGAGAAUUGUGGGAAAAAUCAUCUCGAAAUCAGCAAAAGUGGCCAGACGUUCGGAUAGAAUCAAUGAGGAAAAUCGGAUCGGUGUAACCACUCGCGCAAUGGCAUUACGAGCUAGACGAAAUGAACUCAAUGGAACUGGUUUAGUAACGAUGCGUCCGAAAAAAACUAACGGUGCUGUAAAGCCGCAAAAUUCGAUCAAGUCAGAUAUUUAAGACGAAUUUGUUGACAACGGAAAAACCAUUUAGAAAAUCAUUCAAAAAAUCAAAAAUCUAUUAUCAUUUGUACGAAAUAUAAAAAUAAAAUAUUGUUCAUUGAAAGUACCCUA